AACCAACCUCUCUUAGCACUGGAAUUUUUCUCUUUACUGUUUUCCACACAGCGACCAACCGACCCCCUACCUGGCAGUGCAAUAGCUGUUGGAUCCCAAGACCCUACUGCCUUGAGACGAACGCACUCGAUCGAACUACAUGAUACACAAACGACUACCAAACUGACUAGAAUUAGUGCAGCCAAGUGGCUAGACUACCACCAAUUGGACAAUAUCAAUGACCUGGAGCUGAAACAAAACAACAAGAAGAGAACGCAAAGAAACCAAUUGGUUUGCACACGUUGUGAUAAAGACAUUGGAUAUUGGACAAAUCAUGUAUAAACUUGAUCGUUUAAUACCAAGUUCAAUUAAUUUUGUACAUACGGAUACAAUGUAUAAAGUGGAAAAUUUUUACCAUCUUGGUAAAGAAAAUAAUUCAUCUUCUUGUAUUGAAAUGUCAAGUGAAUUUAUUUCCAAUGAAUUGAAUGAACGUGAUAAAAGUCUUCUUAAAGAGCUUGGCGAAUUGGACGAUAAUAUAUCAUUUCUUUUAAACAUGUUUAAAAGUUAUCAUCCGAAAAAUAAGGCCAAUGUUUGUGAUGCUCAAAAUGCAUCAAAAUCUGACUUUAUUUCUGAGCUUCGUCAGUUAACAUAUCAUAUUUCAAAUCUUUCAAAUCAUUAUAAAACAAAUCUUGUUAAAGAUGUACAACACGACAACAUUUACAAAGAACUAAGUAAAUUAGACUUAGAGUUAGACGAUAUUUUUAGUAUGUUUACAAAUUAUUGUCAUCUUCAACAUAUCAAUAGCACAAUGACAAACAGUACUCCAACACCUUCAAAUAAAUCUGUUACUGUUCCUAAAGAACCUUUCACGCUUAUUAUUCAGUGUAAUCCAAAUAGUUCUCCAUUAUCGGUAUUAUUGUUUUGUCACAUACUACUUAGUAACCAACAUAAAGUAACAAUUAACUCAUUUGUACAUUCAACAGUAAAAGAACUUCCUACAUCACUUAAAAAGUUAAUGGAAAUCCUUUCAAUUGAUAUGCAUGGUUCUUCAAGUAAUAACACAUGUUACUGGCAAAUUGACACAAAACUGUGUCUACAUUUUAUAUGGAACUCAAGCUGUCCUGAUAUUACUGUUUCAUCCCUUGAUAAAUCUAUUACACCAACAACGUUGUAUGGAGAAUGUAUGCUUGUACAAUUGAUUGGGAAAAUUCUAGAACCUCACAAUUUCGACCAACUCUCAUCACUUAUUAUUACUAUAGACUCAAGUUUACUAUUACACGGAUUAUCGAUACGUAACGCUUCCCUAGAUGUAAAACAAAAGUCAUUAAAUAUUUUAAAUAACCACCCAUAUUUUGUGAAGUUCAAUCGUGAACUGCCAUCAAUCGUUGAUUGUUAUCUAUUUGUUUGUAUUAAGGAAUUGAAACUGUCGGAUGUAUUGCCAGCUAAUCUGAAAUCAUGGUUGCAGUUUUGUUCUAAAUGGAAAAGCUUUAAUUUGUUACCACUUUAAGUUUUUCUUUGUCGCCUAAAUUUGAUAAGUAUAUUUACUGGUGUAUAAAAAAUCUUAUUUUGCUAUGAUUUUUAGGUUGAGAAAAGGCGUUCAUGAGAACUACUUUCGUAACGUUAUGUUUGAGUACUACCUAUUAAUUCAGUGGUUCCAAAUGUUUGUCUUAGUUGGACUACUUACUAGUAUACCUUGUCUAGAUCAAAUGAUAAUAAUCAACAUCCCAGUUUUUUAUCAUUGUACUUUGAAUAUUAAUGAUCUCUGCAAAGUAAGGUACUAAUUCAAGAUGUUUCAGAAUUUAACUAGUUAUUUCACUCACCAUCUUUGCCACUCUGGAUUUCUUUUAGAUUCUUUAUCAUAUAUGCAAACAGAAUGGUCUGAUUAGUAUGGCGUUAAAUCUACCUAGUUUUCUUUACAAAAGAUAGUUUUCUAUCAUUAUGAUUGUGUUUGAGUCUUAUCUAUGCAGCAAAUCAUGAGAUAGUGAACAUAAAACGGUCUUUGUGAGAAAAAUUGAUGCAAUUAGUCAAUAGCCAAAUUAUUUUUUUGAUAGUGUUCUUAAACAGACGUAUCUGUUCCUCAGUAUUUAAGUGUUAAAUUACUCACUUUAGCGACCAGGUACAAGUUCGUACACGACACCAUUGCCCUUUUAUCCAGUAGAACGAGGUUGAAACCAUUUAACUAACAUUUAAAACUACCACACUCUAAGAGUUAAUGAUAAUUUCCAACUGCCUAAACUAUAACAUAGUUCAAAUUCACAACAAAGUGGUCGCAAACGGAAUACUGUAACCAUUAAGCUACAACUUCACCAAUCAACUUUAAAUGCCCAGUAGCUAAAAUUUGUUGAUAAAGUUACAAAAUGACCAUUUUACUUGUUUGAUAAGUUCUUAGAUCUAAUCAUGUUAACGAGUGAAGCCAAGUAGUAUAUAUUCAACUGAAUCACCAUCUCACAGGUCCGAC